AAUACUUACAGGUAUUCAAGAAAGUCGAAUGCUUUUCAUUCAACUAUCAUCUUGCCAGCUUCAUAUUCUUGAUCGUUGCAACUUGCAAGUAAUCUAAUGAUCAACUGUGAUGAAAAUCACCUUCAAGACCAAACCCCUCCCUUCGUUUCUCACCUUCUCAACCCUAAAACAAUCCCCAAGACACCACUCAACUUCACCCCUUCAACAACCCCACAUCCCCACAAACACAACUUACCAACACUCCCUCAUUGCAGCCCUAAAAUCCUCAUCAUCCCACCCCACUCCCCUCAAAUACGGCCAGCAUCUCCAUUCUCACAUCCUCAAAUACGGCCAUGACUCCAACAUCUUUAUUCGCAAUAGUUUGAUCAGUCUGUAUGCAAAAUUUGGUGUCUUAAACGAUGCGGAAUCCAUUUUUGUUGAUGGGUGUCAGUCGGAUCGUGUUUCGUGUAACAUUAUGCUUGCUGGGUAUGUUAAAUUCGGCCGUUUGGAUGAUGCACGCCAACUGUUUGAUAAAAUGCCUGGGAGAAAUAACAUAUCUUUUACUACUAUGAUAAUGGGGUUGGGUCAAGGUAGGUAUUGGGAUGAAGUGAUGAAUGUUUUUAAGGAAAUGAGGUUGUUGGGUUUGGCUCCGAAUGAGGUGACAUUGUCGAGUGUGAUUUCGUCGGAUGCACAUGUAUCCGGGGGUAAAAACGGGCAUAUGCUUCAUGGUUUGGUUGUUAAAUCUGGGCUUGAGGAGUUUAACCUUGUGGUGACUAAUCUGGUUCAUGUGUAUUGCGCGUGUUCGUGUUUGGAUUAUGCGAGGAUUUUGUUCGAUGGGAUGUCGGAGAGGAAUGUAGUUUCGUGGAAUGUGAUGUUGAAUGGGUACUCAAAGGCUAGGUUAAUUGGCUUUGCACGAGACCUGUUCGAUGAAAUGCCUGAACGAGAUGUGGUUUCUUGGGGUACCAUUAUCGAAUGCGUUUUACAUGUUGAGAACUUGAGUGAGGCGUUGACGUUAUACCGAGAAAUGGUGAAUAGCGGGAUAGGUCCUAAUGAUGUCAUGCUGGUGGAUAUAAUUUCGGCGUGUGGUCAAGUGAACGCGCUUUCUGAAGGUCAACAGUUCCAUUGUAUAAGCGUAAAGUUAGGAGUCGACCGUCAUGACUUUAUGCAAUCGACAAUCAUCCACUUCUAUUCCGCUUGCAACAAUAUUAAACUCGCUCAAAUGCAGUUCAAAAUCGGGAGCAAAAACCACCUGCCGUCGUGGAAUGCGUUAAUAUCAGGACUAGUAAGAAACGGGAUGAUCGAUUCUGCACGCGAAUUAUUCGACAAAAUCCCUAGUAGAGACGUUUUUUCAUGGAGUUCGAUGAUUGCAGGAUAUGCACAAACGGGCCAACCUGAUAUGGCUUUAAAACUCUUCCGUGAAAUGAUAUAUAGUGGCGUUAAACCGAACGAAGUAACGAUGGUAAGCAUGCUCUCAUCCGUUGCUAAUUUGGGCUCGUUACAAGAAGGAAGAUGGGCUCACGAGUUUAUAAUCAGCAACUCGAUUCCCAUAAACGAUAAUCUAUCCGCAGGCAUUAUCGACAUGUAUGCGAAAUGUGGGAGCAUAAACACUGCGUUACAAGUCUUUAAUCAAGUCAAACACAAAGUGUUGACCAUCUCACCGUGGAACGCUAUCAUAUGUGGUUUAGCGAUGCACGGUCACGCGAGAACAUCGUUAGAAACGUAUUCAGACUUGUUGACACGCGGUAUCCCGCUUAACUCCAUCACAUUUAUUGGCGUACUUAGCGCGUGUUGUCAUGCUGGUUUGGUAGAAGAAGGUGAAAGACAUUUUAAAAGUAUGAAAAAUGUUUAUAACGUAGAGCCAAACAUCAAGCACUACGGUUGUAUGGUGGAUCUUUUGGGUCGAGCGGGAAGAUUGAAAGAAGCGGAGGAGAUGAUCAACAACAUGCCUAUGAAGGCGGAUGUUGUGAUAUGGGGCACGUUGUUAGCAGCUUCUAGAACGUAUGGUAAUGUAGAAAUUGGAGAAAAAGCGGCUGAAAAUUUGGCGAAUGCAGAACCAUCACAUGGUCCAGGUAGAAUUUUGCUUUCCAAUCUUUAUGUAGAUGCGGGGCGGUUGGAUGAUGCAGCUUUUGUAAGACAUGAAAUGCAAACCCGAAAGUUAACCAGGUCGUUUGGUUACAGUGGUGUAAUAUGACCCGUUAAUUCGAUUUAUAAUUUGAUUUUAAAAUCUUUGACAUGCUUUAUACGUAUUUUUUAACAACAAAUACUCAUGCA